CCCUCCGAAAGAAAUAAACGAAACUUAUGAAGGUUUAAUGAGCUGAAGAGAGACAGAUCCAGGGUGUAGAGCGCCGGUGCAGCGGAUACGUGGAGCAGCUGGCUGAUCUGUAAACCAUUUCUAUCAGUUGAUCCCAACUUGCUGCGUCAUUACCAUGGAUAGACUAAGUGGAAACCCUGUCGGUGAUUUAGGCACCUAUGCGCAGAGACAUAGACUGCCGUUAGAGUUUAAGGAUCUUGGAAGUGACGGCCCGGACCACAUGAAAGUAUAUACCCAGGGAGUUGUUCUUGCUGGUAAGACCUACCCUUGUGGUAAAGGGAACUCAAAGAAGGACGCCAGGCGAGCUGCAGCCCAAAAUGCUCUGGAAUGUUUGCUUAAGGACCAGCAUCAGGACACAGCUGGAGACUCCCCCCGUCAACAGGGCCAGGUGUUAGCUGAAAGUGUAGCCGACAUCUGUGACAAGACAUCAAGCCUGAAUAUAAGUAAAGAAGAGACAAACUACAUUGGAAUCAUCAACCACUACUGUCAGAAGACAAACUGCUCUCCCACAUACAUAGAAGUAGAAAGAAGGGGACCUCCUCAUAACCCUCGAUUUUUCUACAAAUUAAAGAUCGACACAAAGGACUACCCUGUUGCUGAGGGUAAGACAGCCAAAGAAGCCAAACAGAAUGCAGCUAAGGAGGCUUGGUCUGCACUCCAGGAGCAGUCGGAUUUCAACAGCAAGGUUUCUGUCACAUCAACGUCUGAGGAUGAAACAUCAUUUUCACAAUCAGCCACUGAGGAAUCAACUGAUUCCUCACUGCAGAGCAUGCAGAUGACUUCAAGUCAAUCCAUAAUAUUCACUGAUUCCUCAAACCCCUUCAGUGCCCAGAAUGAUGAGGAAAACCAUAUAAUUGGAAAUGCAAGUACCCCAUCAGUUGAGUCAAGAUUCACUUCAGACUUUGAAUUCAUUUCGGUUCUUGGUAAAGGAGGUUAUGGUGCCGUUUUCAAAGUAAAGGAGAAACUGUUGGACAUGGAUUAUGCCGUAAAGAUUGUCUCUGCUUCAGACUCAGAAAAAGCUUUGCGUGAAGUGAAGACGUUAUCGGACCUCCAACAUGAAAACAUUGUUAGAUACUACCACUGCUGGAUUGAGGAUUCUAAGGUGCAACAGGAAUUCCUCAAAAAGAAACUAAAACGUAUCCAAUGUAAACAGUACCUCUUCAUUAAGAUGGAAUUAUGUAACUCAACUCUUAAACAAUGGAUUAAAGUGAUGAAUGAGAAUGAAGUACAGUACUCCCAGAGAGGAGCAGACAGUCUUCCUAUUGCAAAGCAAAUUGUCACUGGAGUGGCAUACAUUCACAACAACAACCUCAUUCACAGAGACCUGAAGCCUGACAACAUAAUGUUUGGAAAAGAUGGCAAGGUGAAGAUUGGAGACUUCGGUCUCAUCACUAUUGACCAAAGUGAGGAACUGAUGGAACGAACGAAAGACAUUGGAACAGAAACCUACAUGGCUCCUGAACAGAAUACUAGCAGAUAUGAUCGUAAGGUGGACAUGUUUGCUUUGGGACUGAUCUUCUUUGAGCUGCUUUGGAAAAUGUCACUUGGCCAUGAAAGAUCAGUGCUUCUGAGAAAUGCAAAAAAAAAGUCGCUACCCGAAGACUUUUCUCAGACUUUUCCUUUUGAGUGCAAAAUAAUCAAAUCUUUGCUCUGCGAGGACCCAAAUGAGCGACUUGAAGCAAGCCAGGUGACGGAUAAAUUGGAAGAAUUAGGCCAACCACAUCCGUACCUGGAGAAUCACAGUGUCUAAAUAUCUGGAAUUUAGUUAGGCAGAUGGAAGAGAUGCUCUAUUUUUCCAUGAUCUGCAAGCAAAGUCAACAUGCAACAGUCAAGUUGUAUGAUGCAUGUCAACACUUUUCUGUCAUUUUUCUUCUUAAGCAAUGCAAAGGGGGAAAAACUUCAGACCAGAAAAUGGAAAAUUUUCUUCUAUUAGGAUUUUCAAAUGUGUCUAACAUUACAAUUUGAAUCAUGCCUGAUCUAAAUAACCAUGCUAUGGGUGAUGUUGAUUUAAUAACUGCUUUUUAUUUUUAACUGCAAAUGGUUCAGCUUUGUUAACUGUGUUCCUCAAAUCAAUUGUUUAUCUCUUGGUGGUACUGUGAUCACACAGAAGGGAUAAGAAUCAAGACUUCUUGGGUGUUGGAUGCCAGAAAGCAAGCUGUGGAUUUGAUAAAUCUUUAGACCUCUGAAAAGCACAUUGUGUCUUAAGUGAAUUUGUCAACAUUAUACAACUUAAUGUCAUGUAAAAUAAUACAACCAGCUGCUCUUUUUUUUAAUGUACGGAAAAACCAUUCCAUCAAAAUGUGUAUAUUGAAUCUUGUAUAUUGAGCCGGAAAAGGGUAGGGUGCCUUCUCCGGGUCAGGAGGGAAGUCCU